AUGGGGUCUCAAGGGCAACGUCGAAGCGGGAGCAAGACGCGCGUCGGAAGGUACGAGCUCGGGAAGACGCUUGGGAUGGGUGCCUUCUCAAAGGUCAAAUUUGCCAGGAAUACCGAGACCGGAGAGAAUGUCGCCAUCAAGAUUAUUGACAAGGACGUGGUCCUCAAACGGCAGAUGAUCUCUCAGGUUAAGCGAGAAAUCGCGAUUAUGAAGCAUGGUCGACACCCAUAUGUCAUCCGUAUGCACGAGGUGAUGGCGAGCAAGACGAGGAUAUACAUAGUCAUGGAAUACGCAGCUGGCGGUGAACUUUUCGACAAACUUGUAAAAGGGAAGCUGAGAGAAGUUGCAGCAAGGAAGUAUUUUCAGCAGCUUGUAACUGCAGUUGAUUUUUGCCACAGUAGAGGUGUAUAUCAUCGGGACCUAAAGCCUGAGAAUCUACUUCUAGAUGCUUCUCAAGUACUUAAAGUUUCCGGAUUUGGAUGGAGUGCAUUGCCUCAGCAAGUCAGUGGAGACGGGUUACUUCACACAACAUGUGGCAGCCCAAAUUAUAUUGCUCCAGAGGUACUCCACAACAGAGGUUAUGACGGAGCCAAGGCUGAUGUAUGGUCCUGUGGUGUAAUUCUUUUUGUCUUGUUGGCUGGCUACCUGCCUUUUGAUAGUAAUAACAUAGCUGUACUGUACAAAAAGAUUGUUACAGCUGAUUAUACAAGUCCCCAUUGGUUCUCCAAUAGUGUAGCGGAACUAAUUAAAAGGAUAUUGGAUCCCAAUGCAUCUACGCGAAUCAGUACUGCUGAGAUUAUUGAAAAUGAGUGGUUUCAGAAAGAGUAUGAGCCACCUGUUUUUGAACAAGCUGAUUUUGGUCUAGAUGAUGUGGACUCCUUCUUCAAUGAUUCAUCAGACACUCGGAAUUUUGUUGUGGCUCCUAUGAAUCCUUCAGAACUGAUGUCUACAUCUCAGAGUCUUGACCUCAGUAGUCCAUUCGAGAAGCAGAUGGAACUUGGUAAACGUGAAACUGGUUUUGCAUCGAAAAGAUCCGCUAAUGACAUAAUUACACAAAUUGAAGCAGCAGCAACAUCUUUUCAUUUUGAUGUGAAGAAGAAUAACUUGAAGAUGACUCUUCAAGGAGAGAAGACAGGACCUAAAGGUCACCUUUCAAUUGCAGCUGAAAUCUUUGAGGUGGCUCCUUCUCAAUACACGGUCGAGCUUCGCAAGUUUGGUGGUGACGCCCUGAAAUUCCACAAGUUUUACAGGAGCGUCUCGACUGGACUGAAGGAUGUUGUUUGGAAAACAGUGGAUGAAGAGAAGGAACAAGGGAACGUAAAGGUUGAAAGCACAAGUUGAAAAGGUGUGCCUGGGUAUGCAACAUGACAGUACUCCUCCUUUCCUCUGCAAGUAUACUACCCAAAGCAAGAAAUGUGAAACUGCAAGAGUUUGUGGUUUAGUUUGGUCGUUGGGCUGACUGCAACAAGCCUCCACAAUGAACUGUAAAAUCCAUUUCCGAAUCAGACCAACCAUUAGUUUAAACCGAAUCAGAAGGAUACGCUACACUGCAAAAAUGGGAUAACAAUGGCUGGAAUCCUGGCAUAUAUAAUAUAGCUUCUAUUCUUACACGUGAACAUGUAAUACAACCAUAAGAAAGAAAGAUUCUAACUUCUACAGAGGCUACGACCACCCGCCUCAUAUAACCUGACCGGUCAGUUGCAUCAUUGUAGUUGACAGGACAAAAUUUCCCAUGGUCUCGAAAGCUUAGGCGUAACGGGGGAAUAAUGUUACUAAUGUUCCUCAUUCACCUCGUCCCGAGAAUCUGGUUGAAGAUUCAAGAUUUGGGAAACUACAAGCUUAGACAGCUGAUUUAUUGUAGCGUGAACAUGGUCAUCGUCGUCCGAAGACUGCCUGGGCCACCCAGGAGAUUGAGAGCUUGACCUGUUGUACUCAGUUGCCGCUACUCCUGUCCUUUUCGAUGUAGCCAGAACUUUCUCAAGGUCUGUCUGGGUCAUUGGACGUGGUUCUUGAUGUUUCUUGCCCUUCUUCUCCUGGUCCAGUAGGUCCUUAAUAGGAAGAUAAGCAGCCUUCUUGCAGAGUUCAAAAAGAUCAGAACCUGUGUAACCAUCACAAAGACUUGCUAUAUAGUUGAAGUCGAUGUUACGUUCAACACACUCGCCCUUCAAAAUCACCUUCAAUAUAUCAGCCCUCUCCCUGCGGUCGGGCAUUCCAAUCUCAAAGGCCUGUGGAAGGCGUCGAAGUAUUGCCUCAUCGAGUUCAGAUGGACGAUUAGUAGCAGCUAGCACCAUCACUCUUGCAUUCUGGUCUGUUGUGAAACCAUCCCACAAAGCCAUGAACUCAGUCUUCAUAUUUGCCAUUGCUUCUUGAUCUGUAGAACGCCGCUGUCCCAGAAAGCUGUCGACCUCAUCAAUGAAUAUGAUCGCCGGCUGGAGUUUAUAAGCAAGGCUAAACACAGCAGCAACAAGCUUUUGAGCAUCACCAAACCACUUGCUCAUCAGAUUUGAAACCCUAACAUUGAUGAAAACAGCACCAGAUUCUUUUGCAAUAGCUUUAGCAAGCAUCGUCUUUCCUGUACCUGGAGGUCCAUAUAACAAGACCCCCUUCUGAGGACCCAGAAGCUUCCCAUGUGAAAAAAGUUCAGGUCUCCGGAGUGGAAGAAUGACAAGUUCAUAUAAUGCUUCUUUGAUGUUGUGUAAUCCGCCAAUAGAAUUGAAUUCCACAUCAAUGCGAUCAGGAUUUAUAACAUCACAAGCUAUCACAUCCUCGUAAGGAUUGGUCUGUAUAAGAGGACGACCCAAGCGCUUGGCGAUUUCCUUCUUCUGUUCAACGGCUUUCUUCGUAGCCUCCCUAUUGGGGUCGAGAUGGCGGAGCCCGACGAACAGGACAAGACAGCUUAAGGCCGCGCUCGCUGCGUAUAGCAGCAGCUCCUGCAAGACCUUGGUCUCCGACGAACUACCCAUUGACGGGGAACCAAAAAAAAGAACAACCACCGAGUCAAAAAUCCACCCCUUUUCCCCCUCUUAGCCGUACGAAAGAGGGAAAAUUUCUAGGGUUCUGAAACUAUAAUGAACUUGGUUGCAGGAAUUGGUUUGGACGGAUGAGGAUAGAGAAGGUGUUGGGUUUUGGGGUAAUUUGAUUGUUUCUGAAAUUCGUUCAUCUUGGGGAGUAAGAAACCAGGAACGGGGAGAUGAGGGAAGGAAAUUUG